AUGGCCGAACUUGAAACAGCAAAUCCUAAUUACUUACGAUAUUUUGCUUCCAUAGAUCCUAAGCAGUGGACACAGUCACAUGAUGGUGGUCAUCGUUAUGGAUGGCUAACCAUGAAAGUGGCUGAAAGUACAAAUGUUGUUAAGAAAGGAGCCAGAAAGCUACCGAUCACUGCACUAGUCCAAGCAACAUUCUACCGAACUAUUGCUUAUUUCGCUGCUCGUCGUGUAGAAAUAGAGGCUGCCUUUGAAUCGAGAGAGUGUUUUACGAGAUGGAAUAACAACUAUUCUGUAACUAGAGCACCUACACAUGUUCUAGUACAACAUAGGCACAUACUCGAUACACAUAUGCCUAACCAGAUUAUUUGGGAGCCAUAUAAUCAUCUGAUCCAACUAUUGCCGCCAUACUGUCUUGAUGGUAAUGAGAUAUGGACAUCCAAAUGUCCACUCAUAUGCUUCUUCGUUGUGAAGUGGCAUCACCUAGAUCGUGUGAUGCAUCAAUUUGGGAUGUUGCAACAAAUUCCUCAACCUUGCAACAUGGAGGCUCGACUUCUUUCACACGAUCUAAGGGGCAAGCAUGAGCGAGACUGGAUUGCAUAUCUGGCUCCUCAAAUUACAAUCUGGGAAAAUCGACAUUGUUUGGUUGUUAAUGGACCUCCUAUUAACAAUGGUGUAGGUACUGAGCCUGGAUAUAUUGAAUGGUAUUCCACUGUGAGCAGGCUGUACAUAACUAAAGCAGAAGCAUCCUAUCACUUGUUGGCUGAGCUUCCAAAUUUGUCAAUAUCUACUCAAAGAGUCUUGCGUAGACUUACCUCGAUAUAUCGAGUGCGAUAUUUCGAUGGCGACGUUCCAAUGGAAGAACAAUGUGAUCCGGCAAGAUAUUAG